UAAACCACGCUGAGCCUUGUCUGAAAAACAUGAGAGAAUAGGACUUGAGUAAGGUGGUGAAUAAAAAGAUUUCAGCUAAUAAAGUUCACGAUGGAAAUCGGUUUCAGUUAAUUCUCGAAAGCCAUGUGUUUAAAAUCUCACCAUUUUCAAAUUUCUGGCAUUGUGUUUUCAGCUAUCAUCUGUUGCGCCGCAGAGAUGUAUUCUUGGGCGGCUAAACCCUACCCUGCCUCCAGAAGAGCACUGAAUUGAGCAGCAUGGCGCAUCGAAGAGUAUGGCGGUUAAAAGAGAUGAGCAGGGCCAAAAAGACUUUACAUCCCAUGCCUCCAAAUCCCCCAAAGAAGGCGUUUCCGAUGAGCCUUCACGGCAAACAAUGGGAGGAUUCUUACCAUUGGAUGAGCAAUCUGGACGACAAGGUGGCGAUGCGGCACAUGAAGAUGUUGAUAGAGCAGGAACACAAUUACACGGAGGCCGUCAUGUCGGACACCCUCAAAUUGCAGCACAGAUUGCAGUUCGAGAUGGCUUCCAGAAUGUACAAUGAUCUUUGCUCUCCUCCUCUCCGUUGGGGCCCCUGGGUGUACUACAAGCGCAUAGCUCAAGGGAAAGCGUAUCCGGUGUUAUGCCGGAGGCUUGCAAGUGCCAAUGAAGAAUUUUCAUGGAACAAUACUCCCUCUUCAGGAUUUGAUUUCAAAACAGGCCAAAAAAUAGAACAGAAGUUGCUUGAUUUCAAUGAAGUUGCCCAGCAGUCCGGAGGUUUUGCAUAUGAAGAUAUGUGUGAAAUAUCUCCAGAUCAUCGCUUUAUUGCAUAUUCCAUCUAUGUAAUGGACAAGGGCUUUUUCACUUUAUGUGUUAAGGAUUUGAACACUGGAUCUCUACACCACAAACCAAAAGUUGAUCGUAUUGAUACAUUGGCAUGGUCAAAGAAUGGACUUGCUUUAUUCUACACUGUAUUAAAUAAUUCAAACAGACCAUCUCGGGCCUUUUGUAGGGUUUUGGAAUCGAGUGCACCUGAUACCUUGUUAAUGGAGGAAUUUGAUGAUACUGCAUAUCUAACUAUUAGAGGCACCAAAGACUAUCAGUUCAUCACUGUCACUUGUUCCUCAAGCAAAUCAUUGCAGGUUUAUAUACUAGAUACAAUGAACCUUGGAGCUGGGUUGCAUAAAGUAUGGGAAUGUGACCCCAAUGUACAUUGCUUAUUGGAGCAUCAUCAAGGAUAUCUGUACAUGUUUACAGAUGCGCCAAGAGAUGGGAAUUCUGUUGAUGGACAUUAUCUGCUUCGUCGUCCUGUUGGAGCAUCCAAAUCAGACAAUUGGGAGAAUGUCUUUAUUGAUGAGCCACAUAUGAAGAUUGAGGAUAUUGAUUUUUUUACCAAGCAUUUGGUUCUGACUCUCCGAAAAGGACGAAUUCCUGGAGUUUGCUCUGUGGAGUUGCCAUUGCCUCUUGAUUUGAUGGGAGGAGUAUAUCUUAGGGACUUAAGUCCCUGUUUCUUGCCUGUGCCCAAUAAUGUGUGUCAAAUAUCAAGAGGCUCAAAUUAUGAUUUUGAUACUUCAGUUGUACAGUUUGUUAUAUCAUCGCCAGUGAUGCCUGAAGCUGUUGUGGACUACAAUUUAUUGAGCAGGGAAUGGGUGAUUAUCCAACAAGAAGAUCUUAGGCUAGAGUCAACACAAGUGUUAUAUGGUAGAUUUUCCUCAUCGAACAGCAGAACAGAAGAUUCGGACAAUUUGAAAUCAGUCAAUAAAUUUGCAACUAGAUCAGGAAAUGACCAUGAAAGCUGGAACGAUCUAUCUGACUUGUAUGCAUGUGAAAAUUGCAAUGUGUAUACGAUGGAUAAAAUAUAUGUUCCUCUAACAGUGGUUUAUUCAAGGAAAAAAAAGCAGCAUGGGCAAAACCCAGGUUUAUUGUAUGGGCAUGGUGCAUACGGUGAGGUCUUAGACAAGCGAUGGCGCAGUGAGCUGAAGAGCUUGCUUGAUUGUGGUUGGGUUAUUGCCUUUGCUGAUGUCAGGGGUGGUGGUGGGGGAGGCAAGAGCUGGCAUCAUGAGGGCAGGGCAUCAAAGAAGCUAAACUCAAUCCAUGACUAUAUUGCCUGUGCUAAAUUUCUCAUCGAACAGAAAUAUGUGCACCAUAGUAAGCUCGCUGCUUGGGGAUAUGGUGCAGGUGGACUUUUAGUUGGUGCAGCCAUUAAUAUCUACCCGGACUUAUUUUGUGCUGCAGUUUUGAAGUAUCCUUUUUUUGAUGCCGUCAGCUCACUGUUGAAUACGAUCAUACCACUUAGACAUUAUAAUUUUAGACACAUUGAUUAUGAGGAGUUUGGGGAUCCGACAAAUCCCAGAGAUUUUGAAAAUAUUCUUAGUUUUUCUCCAUACGAAAAUAUUCAGAGAGAUGUAACUUAUCCUGCAGUUCUCAUAACAUCAACUUUGAAAACAGUAAGGUUUGGAUACUGGCAAGCUGUCAAAUGGAUUGCUAAAGUUCGAGAGUAUACAAACAAGGUUCCUUCACGCCCAGUAUUACUUAAUAUAAAUAUGGAUUUCGUAGAGGACAACCGAUAUCUGCAUUGCAAGACUACAGCUUUGGAGCACGCUUUUUUGGUCAAAAUGACGAACACUCCAUCAAAUAUGAGCAAUCAAGAUGAAGAAAACUGAAGACUUAUAAAAUUGUACCAAACUUUACGGCCAAAAGCAAAUAUAAAAUAGCUGGCCAUUUAAGCUUAGUAUCUAGUGGAACCCGAAAUGGACUUGUGAUUCCAUCAAUAUCUUAUUUCUGGUUCUACAUAAAUUUUGAUGUUCUUAAUGGCAAAGGUCGGUUUCAAAAGGAUCUCUACGAAUAAGUAAAUGUACAGCAGGUGUUUUACUUUGCAUUUGUCAUUUUCACUAAAAUACAGCCCGACUCAGAUUAAAAUAUCCAUUUGCAACUUCUUAGGCAAGUAUUGGCAACGGUCCAGGCCACGCCUAUCUAAUUAAAUUUAAAAUAUUUUGAUCUUCUACAUUGA